AUGUCAAGAAUUGAAUUAGAAGAAAAAAUGUUUAAAGGUAAUAUCACGAUUAAGAAGGAGGUGACUAUUGAUGGUAACCUGGAAAAUGGGUCCAUGUUUGAUGUGGAAGACGAUAAUGUGUUCGUAAAUAAUGGCGAGGGCCCUGAUUUCAGAGGUGUUUCUUGCUUGGGAGGUGCAGUUUUGAUCGCAAAAAUUCAAUUUGGUUUAGGUGUGCUUGGCUUGCCUCAAACUUUUCAAGUAUUGGGAUUGGUCCCCGGUUUAAUAAGUCUCAUUGGUUUAUGUAUCCUAAGUACAUGGGCGGGGUUUGUUAUUGGCAAGUUCCGCCUUUCUCAUCCACAAGUUCACAAUGUUGGAGAUGCUGCUUAUCUUUUGUUUGGUAAGUACAUCGGUGACCUAUUCGGAUUUGCGUUUUGGCUCCAAUAUACCCUUUUAUAUGGUGCUGCGGUACUUACUCUUUCCAUUGCUUUCAAUACAUUUAGUGAUCACGCAGUUUGCACUACUGCUUGGGUUGGUAUUAGCGCUGCCAUGGCUCUCAUUGCAGGCCUUGUUAUACGUACUAUGAAAGUUUUAUCAUGGUGUGGUUAUGUUGCGGUAAUAUCAGUUUUCCUUGGCGUUUGGGUUGUUGCAAUCGCUUGUUUAACUCAAGAUACUCCAGCUGCAGCUCCAAAGUCGUCUGAACCUAUCGAUACAAUGGUCCAAGCAGUUGCUACAGGCUCAACUUACUCAGCUAUUUCCGGUGCUGUUGCUACUCAAGUUUUAAGUCUUUGUGGUACGCCUUCAUUUUUUAUAAUUCACGCUGAAAUGAAGGACCAAACAAAAUAUGUUAAAUCACUUCUCAUGGGCCAAGGGUUUGUUGCUUUUAAUUAUAUUGUAAUUAGUUGUAUUGUUUACGGAAAGGUGGGACAAUACGUUGCAUCGCCAUCUCUUGGAUCUGCUGGUAUGUUAAUUCAAAAAGUAGCAUACGGAGUUUCAUUCCCUGCACUUUUCUUUGCAUGUUUUUUCCAAGCUCACCUUUCAGCGAAAUACGCACUUGUUCGUAUUUUAAAAGGUUCUGUGCAUUUACAAAGUAAUUCUAAAACCCAUUGGGCGGUUUGGAUUAGUAUGAUGUCAUUGGUUAUUGCUAUAGGAUUUGUAGUAGCUGGUGCUAUUCCAUUUUUUGAUGAUUUAUUAGGAUUAAUUGGUGCACUUCUUGGGACAAGUUUCACCCUCAUAAUCCCAGCAUUCAUGGCUUUAUAUCAAUUAGGUAUAGUGUCCGAUGAGCCUACAUAUAGUGGCUUAACAUGGUUAAAGAAAUCUCAAAAGGAAUGGAGAAGUAGUAAAGCUAACACCUUGACUGUUCUAGUGUCGUUUUUCGCAAUAAUUUGCGGCAUUUAUAUUUGCGUCUCAGGAGUGUACGGGUCUGUUGCAUCUAUUGUUCAAAGUUAUGCCGACGGCCUUGUUUCCAGUGCAUUCUCCUGUGCAGAUAAUAGUCGCUGA